GGGCUCGGGGGCUGUCGAGUGCCGGAACUUUAUGUCGGCGGGGCAGGCUUUGCUCGGAUUCCACAGGCCCCUCAUACAUCCGAGAGCAUCUAUCUUCGCACGGCGUUGCUGCGUCCACUCUCGGAGCAGCCGAGCCGCUGCUCGCGGCCACUGGAAGAUAUUUGAAUGUUGCAGGCCGAGGCCGAGGACGAGGACGAGCUGUAACUUCUUGGCGAGAAGGAAGGACAGCGAGAUCAGUCCACUCCAGCGCGAACUUUGCUCGGACUGGAUAUGGGAGAAUCCCUGGUUGCCUUCUGUCAUGGUCGUCGACAUCGGUAACAUUAUGUAGCCGAGGUUUUGGAAGGACUGGAUAUGGCAGCCCACCAUUCUCUGAGGACGUACAAGUAGUGACUGAUUGGAGCUGUUCCUGGCUCUUGCGGAGAAAUUGGAGCCCCAUAUCCGACAGGAAUUGACAUCACCGCUACUUCGUUGGACAAAAUGCAGUGCGGUGUCCUUCCAGAUCUCUGUGCUGCUCGUCAAAUUUCAGGAUGGUCCGCGAGGUGUGGUGUUGAAUGUUUCCCAACUGCCACUUAUGGUCCAAUUGCGAGAGCUAUGGUCUUCCGGACCAUCACGUCUUCGAAAUUUCUGUACACUCCUCAUCUUUCUCGUAGAUUUGUGCCUGUCGGAAUCGGGUUGGGCUCCAAACCGUUCAGAGUGAGAGCUCAGAGUAGUUCUGGUGGAGAUGGGGUUGAGAAAAGUGGAGAUAAGGAAGUUCAGGAAAUGCUGGUCGAGAUAGUGAGGCUCGAGACUGGAAAAGUUCGAGUGAAUGAAUUCGUCGAGGAACAAGCGAAGCACUUGGCGGACAUUGCGGAAACAGCCAAUGAGGAAUACGCCAGGAUCGCCGAAGAAGCAAGGCGAAGUAUGGACGCAGCUGGCUCUAAGGUUCUGGAAGAAAUGGACAUUAAAGCGUCAGCAUUCGAAGAGGAGCUUGCAGCAGCGCGCGCGCAGAUAGAAGCCGAUGAAGCAGAUCUAGAAGCGUUCGAGAAGAAUGUGGAGCAAGCGCGAAGUGAAGGACUCUUCUUCAAAGAAUUGUACAAGACUGUAAAAACAAAAUCACCUGAAGAGCAACAGCAAAUUAAGGAGAAGGCAGAAGUUGUGACUGAUACAAUCAGGAAAUCGGCUGGAUCGAAAUCUAGGCGCAUUCUGUAUGGAGUUCUUAUCUUUCUUCUCACCUUGUCCAUAAUCGAAGCGGGCUCUUCUGCCAACGUCCAACUGCCAAAACUGGCAGUUUAUAUCUUUAUUUUACUUGCUCUCAUCGUCCAGUUGACAUAUGAGAAUAUGUUAUCUGGUAAGAAUAAGCAGGGAGAUAAAGAGGAUUAGAUGAAGUUUUCACGGGGUUCUAUCUUCGCCCGUCCAUUUUUUGAGUUAUCCUGUCGAAAGAUGCAGGCAGUAGAUUACUUAGCUGUCAUUUCACUGUGCACUGCGCAUGUUUCAAGCGUAGUGGUGAAAAGCUGAGCUCUCAUUGUAAAUAUACUUGUGGGCUGGAUGGAAGAAUUUCGAAGUGUAAUUUUUUUU